UCUGCAAUAAAAACGACACCAGAUGCCUCUCAAAUUCUUGUGAAAACAAUUCUACAUGCAUUGGUUUUUCAAAAGACAACAAUUGCCAUUGUUCAAAUACAACCAAUAAUUUGGACAAAGACUGUAACAACCUAGAAGAUCCUUGCUUCUCUAAUCCCUGUCAGCAAAAUGCCUCUUGUGUGAAUACCAUAGGAGAAAUGGGCUUUCUGUGCAAAUGUCCUCCUGGCUAUGGUGGUGUGACCUGUGAAACUACUAUUGCUUCCUGUGGCACAAACUUCUGCCAACACGGCGGUGUUUGCCAUCAUGACCCUUUUCAUCCUGUCUGUAUCUGCCCUGCUGGGUAUGCUGGAAGCUUCUGUGAGAUGGAUCAUGAUGAAUGUGCUUCCAGCCCUUGCCACAAUGGAGCCAUGUGUCAAGAUGGAAUCAAUGGCUAUUCCUGCUUCUGUGUCCCUGGAUAUCAAGGUAGCCAUUGUGACUUGGAAGUGGAUGAAUGUGUUUCAGAUCCCUGUAAGAAUGAGGCUGUGUGCCUCAAUGAGAUAGGAAGAUACACUUGUGUCUGUCCCCAAGAUUAUACUGGUGUAAACUGUGAGCUGGAAAUUAAUGAAUGUUGGUCACAGCCCUGUCUAAAUAGUGCAACCUGUCAGGAUACUCUGGGGGGUUAUUUCUGUGCCUGUGUGCCUGGAUUCCUAGGAGACCACUGUGAACUCAACGUGGAUGAGUGUGCCAGUCAGCCAUGUCUCCACGGAGGGCUGUGUGUGGACGGAGACAACAGAUAUAACUGUAACUGCACGGGUAGUGGAUUCACAGGGAUACACUGUGAGACCUUGAUGCCUCUGUGUUGGUCAAAACCCUGUCAUAAUAAUGCUACAUGUGAGAACAGUGUUGACAAUUACACUUGUCACUGCUGGCCUGGAUACACAGGAGCCCACUGCGAGACUGACAUCAAUGAGUGCCUUAGUAACCCCUGCCAGUCGGAUGGAGAAUGUGUGGAGCUGUCUUUAGAGAAACAAUAUGGACACAUUGCUGAGCUGCCCUCUGCCUUCAGCUACCAUGAAGCCUCAGGUUACAUCUGUAUCUGUCAGCCGGGAUUCACAGGAAUCCACUGUGAAGAGGAUAUCAAUGAAUGCUCUUCAAUUCCUUGCCAAAAUGGUGGUACUUGUGAAAAUUUGCCUGGCAAUUAUACUUGCCAUUGCCCAUUUGAUUAUCAUUCUGGAACAUUUUUUGGAGGAGAGGACUGUUCUGAUAUUCUUCUGGGCUGUACCCAUCACCAAUGCCUAAAUAACGGAAUAUGCACACCUCACUUUCAAAAUGGCCAACAUGGAUUCAGCUGCCUCUGUCCACCUGGCUACACUGGAUCACUAUGUGAAAUUGGCACUACACUUUCUUUUGAGGACAAUGGCUUCCUGUGGAUCACAGGUGACUCAGUAACAACCAAAGGCUCAGUUUGUAGUAUGGCCCUUAGGUUUCAAACUGUUCAGGUAAUGGCACUUCUACUUUUCCGAGGCAACAGGGACACAUUUAUGAAGCUUGAGUUGGUAAAUGGUCACAUUCACUUAUCAGUUCAACUCAAUAAUCAGUCAAAGAUGCUUCUGCAUAUUUCCCACAACACCAGUGAUGGAGAGUGGCAUUCAGUGGAGGUAACAUUUGCAGAGAUUGUCACCCUUACCUUACUUGACAAUUCUUGCACAGAGAAAUGCAUCACUAAAGCUCCUUCUCCAUUUGAAAGGGAUCAACCAAUAUGCACUUUUCAAAAUUUCUUUGUGGGUGGUAUACCAAUAGUAAAGACCAGCAAUGGUGACGUUCUGCUUAACACCUAUCAUAUACCAUCCACACCUUCAUUUGUAGGCUGUCUCCAAGAUAUUAAGAUCAAUUUAAAUCCUAUCACUUCAGAGAACAUUUCAUCCAGCUCGUCAUUGAAUGUCAAAGCAGGUUGUGUGAGAAAAGAUUGGUGUGAAAGCCAACCUUGUCACAACAAAGGACACUGCAUCAACCUGUGGCUUGGUUACCAGUGUGAUUGCCACCGACCCUACACAGGCCUGAACUGUCUGAGAGAAUAUGUGGCAGGCAGAUUUGGCCAUGCUGACUCCACUGGAUUUGCUGCUUUUAAACUUGACCAGAGUUAUGGAGAGAACUUCACUCUCUCCAUGUUUGUUCAAACACGUCAACCGUCAGGCUUACUUCUAGCUUUGGAAAACAGCACCUUUCAAUAUAUCCGCAUCUGGCUAGAGCAUGGCAGACCAGCAAUGCUGACUCCAAGUUCUCCCAAAUUAGUAUUAAGAUUUUUUCUUAGUGAUGGAAAUAUCCAUUUGAUAUCUUUGAAAUUCGAGCCAAAUAAAAUUGAACUAUAUCAGUCUUCACAACACUUAGGAUAUAUUUCUUCUUCUACAUGGAACAUCCAAAGAGGAGAUAUCAUAUACAUUGGCGGCCUGCCUGACAGACAAAAGACUGAAGUUAAUGGUGGGUUCUUCAAAGGUUGUAUCCAAGAUUUAAGAAUAAACAAGCAAAAUCUGGAAUUCUUCCCAAAUUCAACCAGCAAUGCAACUAACAAUUCAAUUCUUGUCAAUGUAACCAGAGGCUGUCCCGGAGAAGAUAUGUGCAAGUCCAACCCUUGUCACAACAGAGGUAUUUGCUACUCUAUGUGGGAAGCCUUCUCAUGUUCCUGCCCUCCCAACACAGCUGGGAAAGCCUGUGAGGAAGUUCAGUGGUGUGAACUCAGCCCAUGUCCUCCCAAAGCCCAGUGCCAAGCAGUGCCUCAAGGAUUUGAAUGUAUUGCAAAUGUUGUUUUUAAUGGACAAAGCAGUGGAAUACUAUUCAGGAGUAAUGGGAAUAUUACCAGAGAACUCACCAACAUCACAUUUGGUUUCAGAACAAGAGAUGCAAAUAUGGUAAUAUUGCAUGCAGAGAAAGAGCCUGAAUUUCUUAAUAUUAGUAUUGAAGACUCCAGAUUAUUAUUUCAAUUGCAAAGUGGCAACAGUUUUUAUACAGUGAGUCUGAUAAGUUUGAAGCUGGUAAAUGAUGGCACAUGGCACCAAGUGACUCUUUCCAUGACAGACCCACUGGCUCAGUCUUCCAAGUGGCAAAUGGAAAUGGACAACCAAACACCAUUUGUGACUAGUGCAGUUGCUACCGGAAACCUCAACUUUUUGAAGGCUAAUACAGAUAUUUAUGUUGGUGGCCGAACUUUGGAUAAUAUAAACAGCUUGCAAGGGUGUCUAAGUACAAUGGAAAUUGGUGGUAUUUAUCUCUCUUACUCUGAAAUUGUUCCUGGUUCCCCAAAUAAACCUCAGGAAGAACAGUUUCUCAAAAUCUCUACAAAUUCAGUGUUCAUUGGUUGCUUGGAGCUAAAUGCCUGCAACUCCAACCCCUGUUUACAUGGUGGAAAUUGUGAAGACAUCUACAGUUCUUAUCAUUGCACCUGCCCCUUGGGAUGGUCAGGGACACACUGUGAACUCAAAAUUGAUGAAUGCAUUUCAAACCCCUGUAUCCAUGGUAACUGCUCCAACAGAGUUGCACCCUACCACUGUAGUUGUGAGCCUGGAUAUACAGGUGAGAACUGUGAAGUGAAGGUAGACAACUGCCAAAGUCACCAGUGUGCAAAUGGAGCCACCUGCAUCAGUGACACUAAUGGCUAUUCUUGCCUCUGCUUGGGGAAUUUCACAGGAAAAUUUUGCAGGUGAGCCAGAUUACCCUCAACAGACUGUGGGAAUGAGAAGACAAAUCUGACUUGCUACAAUGGAGGCAACUGCACAGAUUUCCAGGGUGAAUUAAAAUGUAUGUGUCGGCCAGGUUUUACCGGAGAACGGUGUGAAAAGGACAUUGAUGAGUGUGCCUCUGAUCCGUGCUUCCAUGGAGGCCGGUGCCAGGACUUGCUCAACAAAUUCCAGUGCCUCUGUGAUGUCGCCUAUGUUGGCGAGCGCUGUGAGGUAGAUUUGGCAGAUGACUUGAUCUCGGACAUUUUCACUGCAAUUGGCUCAGUGACGUUAGCCUUGUUAUUGAUCCUCUUUCUGGCAGUUGUGGCUUCUGUUGUAGCCUCCAAGAAAAGAGCAACUCAGGGAACUUACAGCCCAAGCUGCCAGGAGAAGGAAGGCUCUCGAGUGGAAAUGUGGAACAUCAUGCCACCACCUGCAAUGGAGAGGCUAAUUUAG